CCCAGCUGAGCCUGAACUGCAGAUCGCAGGGACUCGCUUGUGUAAUAGUUGGGGGCUACCAGUGGCACGGAGCUCAUGCUGCUGCUCCACUGAUGUGCCUCCCCCCCUCAUGUCCCACUAACAGCAGAAGACGGGCGGCGCAUGAGCGAGAGCCUUUUACGCGUUUGUACGAUUAACGAACAAUACGUGCAUUUACAACUCCCUGUGCGCUGUGACCAAAGUCAACACUGAGACAUUCUAUCCGCCUGUUUAAAAUGGGCUUGUUUUUAUUUAUCGCUGGAUCUGCCAACCCCACCGAGGCCACUGUCUAUGAGCAGGUUCUUCACUGUGAGGGUGUGAAUAAUAAAAGCUAUGUGUGUGAGACGGGACACUGUUGUGGAGAGUCCCAGUGCUGCAGCUACUACUAUGAACUCUGGUGGUUCUGGCUGGUGUGGGCCAUCAUCUUAAUCCUGAGCUGCUGCUGCAUUUGUCAUCAUCGUCGCACCAAACACAGACUGCAACAACAACAACGACAGCAUGAGAUCAACCUCAUUGCCUACAGAGAGGUUCACAACUACACCUCACUGCCCUUCUACUACAGAUUCCUACCCAACUAUCUCCUUCCAGAGUACGAGGAGGUAGUGCAUCGGCCCGCUACGCCCCCUCCUCCAUAUAGUGCCUUAAACGCCGGCCCUCCGACCUACACCAGCCCUUUAACCACUGACCAGCAGGAUGCACACUGCACACCCGGACAGACCACUCCAGUGCCCCCUGCAUCUGAAACGCUCUGUUCCAGACCCAGCCUAGAGGAGAUCCACACCUCUAAUGGGUACCACCAGAAAGAAGACGGCAAGGGCGAGAUGGAGUUAGAGCGGGGCAGAUCUGCACAGAGCGCUCAGCAGCCUCCCAGCAUGGAGACGCAGAACGAGUGCAGGAAGGAGCCUGACGAGAAAGAGAGGAUUCUGGGAAGACAUCGCAGAUUCACGGGGGACUCUGGGAUUGAGGUGUGUGUUUGUGGACGAGGCUUGGAGAGCCAUGAGCCCAAAGAAUUCGAGGGGCUUUUGAGCGAGGAGUACCAGGAGGACUCGGAGGAUUUCUGUGAGGAAUGUGGCCUUCGUUCCUACGGAGAGGAAAAUCAGGGACUUCUGUCCCCAGAAAACAGGGUGGAGCGUGGAGCAUCGCCAAUGUCCCAGUCUCAACCUCAUCCGGUCUGCCUCUAUUUGCAUACUAUUAAUGAACAAGAGGGUCCACAACAUAGUAACACAGAAUCGUAAAGCUAAAUGCAUGACAUUACUGUAAAAAAAAAAAAAAAAAAGUGAGAGGAGGACAAGCAUACAGGGAAGCUGCAGUAUGCAGUGCAAGAGCAAGCUUUGCGGAGUAAUCGCACAAUAUAUACAUUUGUUUGUAAGUAUGUGAUGGAAACAAUCGGAUGUUCUCUGCAUCGUUGUUUUAUGUACAGAGCAUCUAUUUAUCCGGUUAAAAAGCUCAAAAGUGCACAAGGAUGGGCUCUACUUGCUCCACUAGACGAUACAUGAGGUGCUGUAAAUUGAAUCCUUUUGUACAUGCAGCAUAGCUAGUUUUAUUGUAAAUGAAAAAGAAAACCAAUUUCAACAAAUUUGCCGUCAAUACGUCCGGAACGCAGAAACUCCGUAUGGAAUAUCCAGAGUUUCCUACUUCGUAAUUACGACUUUGUGGUGGCAGUCGUGUGCCUUCAACUUGUAAAUACGAUCUUCUGACAUGACUUGUACGCAUCAUAAGACAUCCUCCAGGUGCAGCCACAGUUACUCUGCAAAAUUUUGUGGGUGAAUUAAAUUAAAUUGCAAUCCGUGUGAACGGGAGUUUCGCAGAUUCAUGUUUAAGUUGGUAAUGUGAAUUUGUUGCAUUCACCAACAGAAAGCUGCUUGGUUUGAAAUGGACUUCUUUGUGAGCAUUGCUUUGUGCAUUGCUACACUAUUGAGAGUGGACCAUUUUUACCUUCGAAAUCUCGCUGAAAUUUUCCUAAUGUGACCAGACUUAAACUGUGCAGUCUUAGGACUGAGGUUCUAAAUAUGUAACACUAGUGUGCUGAACUCUCAGUGUCUCAGGACAGUCAAAGAGCAAUCUAAAAACUGACAGAACACCAAAAAAGACCAUGUGCUUUUAAUAUCCAUGUUGACCUUCCCUAAUGUGAUGGGACAAAUCUUAUUGGUGUGUAUUAAAUUUUCGUUCUUCUGAAUGAAUCAUAUUCAUAUUCAUUUACAUAGUCUUAAUUCACAUUUUAUCCGUUUAUAUUGUCGUCUUUUUGGCUGCUGUAAGCUCUGAUGAAUUAGUCAUGUGUAUUUGGUAUUCUGAACAAGUUAGAUUCAUAAAUCUGAGUUUUUAUAGCCAAAGUAGGCUAUACAGAUUAUGACAUUGGGCAGAUGUUCGAAUUAGGCUUGGAGCUUAUAAGUGCUGCUUUAUUACUACUAAUCAUCAGUUUUUGAUUGCAAGCAAACACUACAUAAUGUAGAUUUCGAUGACCCUGUAGGGAUAAAAGCCUUGCCAAAGGGAAGUGUCUUUAGUACACAAGUCAUUUCUUCUAGGUGCUUAGCCUAGAAUAUUAGAUAUAAGCUACCAAGUAAAAAAAACUUUCUUUUUUUUCUCACUGGAACAUAUUCAAGUGAACUCCAAAGACAAACAUUUUGAUGUUUUUAAAAUGAUAAUAUACAUAAAUAUAUGUGUAAAGCAUAUCUUGUUGAACUUGAUGUUAGAUGACACAUAUGGGUACAGAUUUGAUUAAGCUGUAUGGUGGUAAAUGAUUUUUUCAAGUGCCCUUUAUGUCAUUUUUGCACUGUUACAGCCACUCUAAAUACAGUUUCACGUGCCAGUUGUCAAGUAUCAUCUUGAACAUUAGCCUCAUAGAAUAUAGUUUUUUACAAAAGCUCUUCUUCAUGAAAGCUCAAAAGCUGUGCCUUGAUUUUAUAUUCACAUGCAAACUAACGAGCCAUAUAUGUAAUUAUAAAAUGUUUAAUUUUUGUAUUUCUGCACCAAAGUAGCUUCAGUUUGUUCCUCCAUGACCAUUGAAGCACUCUUUUUAAAACUCUCCAUGUUAACAAAUUAAUUUAUUUAACUGUCCUAAUGAAUGUUAAAGAGAUUUUCUUCUCUUACUGGUGUCUCUGUGAUGACAAUCUAUUAUUAUUAGAGCUAGCUUAGAGUCAGAUAGGCCUACCUAAUCAAUCUCUUUCUCUGAUAUAUUAACAAUCUGCUGAUUUUCAAAGUCUUAAAUGCUCUGAUGCAUCUCACGCAAGAAAUAUGGCAUAUUGUACAGCCUGCAGCUGUUUGUCUAACAAUCUAUGUAAUCAUAUGAGUUCUGGCGCAGUUCAUAUUUUUAUCUGUUAUGCAAAAAACUAAUCGUGACACUGUCCAUUAAACGCAAAUCAAAACAA